AUGUCUCGAGUCCCAUCCGUCAUCCAAGCGCCCACACCGGCCCAUGUCCAGACAUACUACUGCACCCACACCAGAUCGGGUGGUCCCAAGUUCUGGGUGGUCAGGAUCUCCGGUCAGCUAUCACAGGGAGAUCAGGAUACCAUACUUGAAGCCGCCAGGAAAAGUGAGAGCGCUGGGUGUCAAGCUUUCAUCAAAGGUACCGAGCGUACCACUGGACUGAGCCCGCAUCAUCUUGGUGUCUUCUUCCGUGCCUCCGAGAUCCAUACACCCUGGGUCACCAAUGACACACUACAACCACAUUCGAACAAACGGGUCGCAGCAGCGAGAAGGCAAUGUAUGCUGGGACUAUGCUUGGCCAUAGAUGCUGUCGUCAAGGAGAAGGUUCAAGCCAGGCUCGACCAGGUGGAUCGUAAGACCUGCCUGGCACAUAAAGCCAGCAACGACCGUUUCAGGUCUGCCGUUGACCAAGGAAAGCUCGAUCUCCGUGGAUUGUCCCCUUCCGACUUUCAAGAUGUCCAGGUUGACCAUGUAGCCGAUUUCUUCCGCUUCGGUCAGCUGGCUACCUGCUCUGCGAUCACCCAAGGUCAAUCAGAGAAGCUGCACAUGGAUAACCAUGAUGACCGUCGUCUAUACACCACACUCCUCGUCUUGGGUCGGAGAACUUAG